AUGGAGCGCCGUUUGUCGUGGCCAUUUGUCCUGGUCACCGCGGCAAGUGUGUUCCUCUGCGCCUCCUGCAUCAAGAAUCCAGAGUUCCCCUCCGACACGCUUAUCAACAAUGUGGUCCAAGACCCUCGCACGGGAAGACUCUACGUGGGCGCCGUCAACGCCCUCUACCAACUGUCCCCCGACCUGCAGACGGAAGGCCGAGUAGAGACCGGGCCCCGCCGGGACAACAGGCAGUGCACGCCGCCCAUCACGGACGCCUGCGAAGACGCGGUGGACACGGACAACCACAACAAGCUUCUCCUAGUGCACGCCGGCCAGGAAAGGCUGGUGGUUUGCGGUAGCAUCUUCAGGGGCAUCUGCUCGCUCAGGAACCUUAGCAACGUGGAGCACGUUGUCUACUUCAGCGACAAUAAGGGCGAGAAGUCCUAUGUGGUGAGCACUGAGGAGAGCGUCUCCGUGGUGGGAGUCAUGUCCUACUUCACCAAGGACAGAGACAACUUCACAGUCUUCCUGGUCGCCAAAGGCUACGGCAGCCACGACAGCACCAAGCUGAUCUCCACCCGCAUCCUGAAGGAUUACGGCGAAUGGAACAUCUUCGAGAACAUCGUCGAGGCCUCGGCCGUGCAGGCCAACCCCUUCGUGCAGCGCUACCUACACGACUUUCGUUUCGCCUUUAAGGACGGCCCCUUCCUCUACUUCCUGUUCUCGCGCACCCUCGGCGUGCAGGACACCAAGAAUUUUACCUUCAUCUCACGGAUGUGCGAGGGCGACCAGAGCUACUUCUCUUACACCGAGCUUCAGCUCAACUGCAGCACGGCAAACAAGUUCAAUAAAGUCCAGGCCGCAUACGUCACGACGCCGGGCGAGGUUUUGGCUCAGAACUUGACCAGAUCGGGCCAGUACGGACCAGUCCUGGCCUCUGACAAGGUUCUUUUUGUCACUUUCACAUCUGACGAAGACCCAACCAGCUCGGCCAUGUGCAUGUACCCUGUGCGCGCCAUAAACACGAAGCUGCUGGAGAUCAUCGGCGCCUGCUACAGCAACAGAGGCCUUAUCAACGACAAACCGGCCGUCUACUCACCAUACUCUACCAAAUCCAGCGGCGUGUGCAGCAACACCAAUCAGCACAACAUGGUGCAGAAGUACAAGUGCGGCGCCGAGUUCCUGCCGUCGCCAUUGGCCAGCAAAGCCGACGUGGCCCUAGUGGCCGAGCCCUCCCUGGUGCGCAAGGGGGUCUUGACCGCAGUAGCCGUCGCAGUGGAGACGGGGCACGCCGUGGCCUUCCUGGGCACUGCUAACGGAGAGGUGCUCAAGUUGCAUCUGUCGGCCCACCCCGAGGUUUACGGCCACGCGUCUGGCGAAGUGACGGGCGACAAAGUGAACAAGGAUCUCCUGCUGGAUCCUCAGCUGCAGCACUUGUACAUCACCAGCGAAAAAAAGAUCACCAAAGUCCCUGUGCAGUCGUGCCACCUGAAGACCGAUUGCCAGGCUUGCAUGGCCCUCAAGGAUCCGUACUGUGGCUGGUGUGUGCUGGAGGGAAGGUGCACCAGGAAGCACGAGUGCAGCAGGUGGACGGAGGAUCACACGUGGCUGUGGUCCCCCAAUCAGCAGUGCGUGGAGAUCCGGGCCUUUGACCCUCCCAACCUCAGUUGUCGCAAGACGCAGCAGGUGGACAUCAGCGUUCCGACUCUGCCUAGACUCCGACAGUCCGAUCAACUGCGCUGCCUGUUCGGCGCGUGGCCCAGUCGCGCCGUGGCGUUGGGCAGCCCGGCCGUCGUCACCUGUUCCCUGCCUGACCCUGCGGAGAUUCCCCCAGCUCCUGUGCAACAAGACUACGUGUCUGUGCCGGUGCAAAUCCUAGUGAACGACAACAUCGUGGUGACGUCCGGAGAAUUUCACUUUUACGACUGUGCCGCAACUGUCAGGAAGAAUCCCAACACGCCGUGUAUUUCGUGCGUGACCAGCGAGUGGGGCUGUCAGUGGAACGCCCGGGAGCACCGAUGCAGCGACGCGGACGAAGCGCCGGACGAAAGUCACAUCGUCAAACCUCAACAGCCGGAGCGCUGUCCUCAGUUCGAGUCGCCGGAGCCGUCCCUGAUCCCCGUCGGAUUCGAGGUUCCCAUCAGCUUCCGGGGGAGAAACCUCGACAUCUACUCGGGUCGCAGGUUCGUGAUGGGCACGGAGCUAAUGAAGCAAGCGGAGGAGGAGGUGACGCAAGAGCAAAGCGGAUCAGACUUUAAAUUCCGAGGCUUCAAGUUUUCAUACAACAAGCAGCAGGAGGUCAAUGUUUCCUUCCACGUCAUCGAACGGGACACCGAGCGCAAGAUUGACAGCACGCUCACAGUGGUUUUGUACAACUGCUCUGUGGCCAAAGAAGACUGCAGUUUGUGCAAACACGCCGACGCCAAGUACGACUGCGUGUGGUGCGCCGCCUUGCAGUCGUGCGUCUACCGAGGGUCGUGCCCCACCCCGCCGCUCGCCUUGUGUCCCAAGCCGCAGAUAACUGACAUUGUCCCUCGCUUCGGGCCACUCAACGGUCGCAUCUCAGUGACCAUCAAGGGUUCCAACAUGGGCGUUAAGAAGGAGGACAUUCGGAGGAUCAGCGUGGCUGGUGUUGAGUGUCAACACCUGCAAGACAAGUACUCUGUCUCCACCAGUGUCGUGUGCGAGAUCGGUCCGGCCAAGCGGACGCCACCGUCGGACCUCCCCGUGGAGCCCAGCAAUAGCGGAGUGGUGGAGGUGGAAGUGGAAGGCGGGCGGACGGGAAGGUCGCAGGUGGUCUUUACGUAUCGGGACCCACACCCAGAUGCCGUGCAUCCCGGGAAAGGUCCGGCCGCCGGCGGGACCGUCAUCACCAUUACCGGUCGAGACCUGGACACGGCCUCUAAAGAGGAUAUUGCCGUCUCAGUGGGCGGAGUACCGUGUCAAGUGCUUUCGUUCGGCGAGUCCAUCACAUGCAAGACGGGUCCGUAUCCUGGCCAGAAGGUUCCUUCGGAGCCGCUGGCGGUCAAGGUCAACUAUGGGCGCAACACCAGCAAAGAGGUGUUAACCGCCUUCCAGUACGCCGACAACCCCAAGAUCGCCGACUACGCCCCCAAGUCCAGCUUCGUCUGUGGCGGGCGAAGGAUCGUGGUGACGGGAAACGGUUUUGACUUGAUCCAGAGGGCCAGUUUGAAGGUCGUGCCUGCCACGGAUGAGUUCUCACAGGACGAUGCGCCCGGCGAGCUGUUCGUCCAGGCACUGAGCAAAAACGACAGCGUGUUGCAGUUCCUGUCACCGGCGGUAAAUUGGAGCGACGGUCGCCCGCUGCGUGCCGUGGUGCAGCUGGACAAUGUAAAAGAGGAGCUCAAGGCCUUUACGUACCACCCGAACCCGUCCUUCAACGAGCUCUCUAAGACGGUCAUCACUGAGACCAGCGUCAUCAUCGUCAACGGUCGAGGCUUUGCCAAGGCCAUGACGGCCGUGGAGGCUCAGGCGUUUGUCGGGGACGCUUCCUGUAAUGUCAGCAUACUUCAGGACGACAAGUUGAUCCUGGACCCGCCUUCGUCUCGGCCCCGAGCUCGAUCCAAGCGUCAACGCAGAGACGCGGCCAGCGAGCCUCUAGAACUUGUGGUGAAGUUCGGCCACGGCGAGUGGAAAGUGGGUUCUGUGUACUACGCCGGGAAGGAAGACAUCCCUCUAGCUAUCAUCAUCCCCGCCGUCAUCGUGCCCAUGCUGGCCUUUAUCGCCGUGUCCGUGUACUGCUACAGGAGGAAAAGUCAGCAGGCUGAGCGAGAGUACGAGAAGGUCAAGCACCAACUGGAGAACUUGGAGGAAAGCGUCAGGGAUCGCUGCAAGAAGGAGUUCACCGAUCUGAUGAUCGAGAUGGAGGACCACACCAGCGAGCUGAGCGAGGCGCGCAUCCCAUUCCUAGACUACAAGACGUACACGGAGCGCAACCUCUUCCUGCCUUCCAAGGACGGCAGCGGCGUCGCCGUGCUGACGGGACGCGUGCACGUGCCCGUGUCCCGCCGGGCCGUCGUGACUCGGGCCCUCAACCAGUUCUCCAACCUGCUCAACAGCAAGCCCUUCCUCAUCAAUUUCAUACACACGCUGGAGAGCCGUCCCGACUUCAACGCACGAGCGCGUGGCGAUUUCGCCUCCCUCCUGACGGUGGCGCUUCAUGGCAAGCUGGUCUACUUCACCGACAUCACACGGACGCUCCUCCUGGAGCUCAUGGACGAACACGUUCACAACAAGCACCCCAAGCUCAUGCUCAGGAGGUCGGAAACCGUGGUGGAGAGGAUGCUGUGUAACUGGAUGUCCAUCUGCCUCUACCAGUUCCUAAGGGACAGCGCCGGUGAGCCGUUGUACAAGCUGUUCAAGGCGCUCAAGCACCAGGUGGAGAAAGGCCCGGUGGACGCCAAGGUCAAGAAGGCCAAAUACACGCUGAACGACACGGGGCUGCUGGGAGAUGACGUGGAGUACUCCGUGCUGACGCUUCAGGUGUUGGUGCACGGGGAAGGCCCGGAUGUCACGCCUGUUAAGGUCCUCAACUGUGACACCAUUUCUCAGGUAAAGGAGAAGAUCAUCGAUCAAGUGUACAGAAAUCUGCCGUACUCACAGAGGCCAAAAGUGGAGAAUGUGGCACUGGAGUGGCGUCCCGGCUCUACGGGUCAAAUUCUGUCAGACCUGGACCUGACGUCACAGAAAGAAGGACGCUGGAAGAGACUCAACACUUUGGCUCAUUACAACGUUCGGGACAACGCCACGCUGGUUCUCUCCAAGGUUUUGCACUCGCAGUCCGUCCACCAGCACCAGGACAGCAACGAAGAGCGAAACGCCCUCCUGGAGGAAGACAACACAUUCCACCUGGUGCGAGCGACCGACGAGCUGGACGAGGUCAAGUCCAAGCGAGGCAGCGUCAAGGACAAGUCCAUGACCAAAGCCAUCACCGAGAUCUACUUGACACGCCUGCUUUCCGUCAAGGGCACGCUGCAGAAAUUUGUGGACGACUUCUUCGGCAGCAUCCUGCGCUCCAGCGCCGCCGUGCCGCCCGCCAUCAAGUACUUCUUCGACUUCCUGGACGAGCAGGCGCUUCGGCACGACAACGUGGACGAGGAGACGUUGCACGUCUGGAAGACCAACAGUUUGCCGCUGCGCUUUUGGGUGAACAUCCUGCGCAACCCUCACUUCAUCUUCGACGUGCACGUGACGGAGGUGGUGGACGCCUCACUUCACGUCAUCGCGCUCAUGUUCAUGGACGCCUGCACUAAGACGGAACACAAACUCAGCCGGGAGUCGCCCAGCAAUAAGCUUCUCUACGCUAAAGAAAUCUCCACCUACAAGAAGAUGGUGGACGAUUACUACAAAGGAAUCCGACAGAUGGUUCCCGUCAGCGACCAGGACAUGAACACGUACCUCGCAGAGGUGUCCAGGCAACACACGGACGAGCUGAACACGCAGCAGGCCCUACACCAACUCUACCAAUACGCCAGCAAGUACUACGACGUGAUCAUCCAGUCUCUGGACGAAGACCCGGCCGCUCAGAGCGGCCAGCUAACGCUCAGACUCCAGCAAAUUGCCGCCGAUCUGGAGGACAAAGUCACGGAUCUCUGA